GGUUCAGAAGCCUUUUCAACUGCAAAAAUGUUGGAGGAAGAUAUGGAAGUGGCCAUCAAGAUGGUGGUUGUAGGGAAUGGAGCAGUUGGAAAAUCAAGUAUGAUUCAGCGAUAUUGCAAAGGCAUUUUUACAAAAGACUACAAGAAAACCAUCGGAGUUGAUUUUUUGGAGCGACAGAUCCAAGUUAAUGAUGAAGAUGUCAGACUGAUGUUGUGGGACACAGCAGGUCAAGAGGAAUUCGAUGCAAUAACAAAGGCCUACUAUCGAGGAGCCCAGGCUUGUGUGCUCGUGUUUUCUACCACAGAUAGGGAAUCUUUUGAAGCCAUUCCCAGCUGGAGAGAGAAAGUAGUAGCUGAAGUUGGAGACGUACCAUCUGUACUUGUGCAGAACAAGAUUGACCUCUUGGAUGAUUCUUGUAUAAAGAAUGAGGAAGCUGAGGCACUGGCAAAAAAGUUAAAGCUAAGAUUCUACAGAACAUCAGUGAAAGAAGAUCUGAAUGUGACUGAAGUUUUUAAAUAUUUGGCUGAAAAAUAUCUUCAAAAACUCAAACAGCAAAUAGCUGAGGAUCCAGAAUUAAUGCAUUCAAGUAGUAACAAAAUUGGUGUCUUUAAUACAUCUAUUGGAAGUCACUCGGGUCAAAAUUCAAGUACCCUUAAUGGUGGAGAUGUCAUCAAUCUUAGACCCAACAAACAGAGGACCAAGAAAAACAGAAAUCCUUUUAGCAGCUGUAGCAUACCCUAAAACAUUUUAGGGAGGAAAAAAAUUGAAUUCUAUUGUGCAAUUCAUUAAGAAAUACAUCCAGCUGUCAUGGUAUGUUACAAGUUUUUUUUUUUUUUAGCAGACUUUGCACCUAAUGGCUCUGUGAAAGUUGACAGACUUAAAUAUUGUUCUGCAGUGCUUUUCAGAUGGAGUGAGAUCUUUGGUGGAAAAAUUACUGCCUUGUGGACUCAUUUUAAUUUUUUUACAUCAGACGAAGCUUCUCCUGUUUUUGAAGGAAUGCUAUAAGAAAUGUCAAAAACAGGUUUUGCUGAAUUUUAAGUGCUGGAAAGCAUAAAUGGAAUGCCUGAAUAUAUUGGUGCAGAUUUUAAUAUUAUUGGUCCAGGAAAGAUAGCAAGCAUUGUAUGUCUGAAAUUGGUCAUACAGCUUUUCUGGAAAGUAGUAUUGAAUCCAAAUACAUACAAAAAGAUAAUACUGAAUGGUAAACCCUAAGUCUUGCCAGACUGCAUGGGUGUGUAUUUUGGCAAUGUUACUUGAGUGCAAUAUCUGUAUGAUGUAGAAUGUGGAGGUCUGCAUGCAGAUAUCUGGUACUGAAGUAUAAUGAAGGGAUGUUCAGUAUGUAAGGAAACAUAGAAUCUAAUUCAUGCAUUCAUAAAAUCAUUUACACAUUGUGUGUAUGUUAAAAGUUUUUAUUUUCAAGUAGGAAAUUCCACACAUGUAUUUUGCAAAAUGAGCUCAGAUUUUAAAAGUGCUUUGUGCCAAAAAUAUCAUACCUAAUUUUUACAGUGCUUUACUAUCAGAAUUUAUAUUGUUUAUAAUAUCUUUAAAAAGCAGUUUUCCUCUCUGACAGGGUAGAUAAAAGAGGAGUAUAAACGUUUUAAUGAUAGAGUAUCUCCCAGGUGAGACUUGUUGCAAACUCUUUCUCCCAUGUGCACCCAUGAGCAUGGGGAGCUUGUGCCGGCUGAGCCCUUCCAAAGGUCCAG